AUGCGAUUCAUGCGGCUGACUGCUCCCUUGCGCUUGUGGGUGCUGCUGACCUUGGGGACUGUCAGGUGCUGGACCCCUGGCCGAAGAGGAGCCCCCGCGCCCAUCGCACCCCGGCACUUGGCCCUGCGAGCGGUGCGGGUGAACUAUGACCUGGAUGCAGACGCCUCAAAGGCUGCUGUUGGCUCCGACCGCGCCAACACCUGGGAAUGGAGCACCAACAGCGCCGACAAUGCAGCCUUCGAGCUGGUGGAGCGGCUGAUGGAGUACAUCUGGGCUCGGCCCUGGGAGAUCUUACAGCGCCUGGCCUCGACACUGUGGAUCGCCUGUGGAAUCUGGCUUGCCUGGCGGGAGCGUCCCAAGGACACGCCCGUUCCCACGCUGACCGGCUCGCUGGCGCGGAAGGCGCCGACGACGGCGCGCGGCGAGGCCUUGCGGCGCGGCCUGCAGAAGAUGGGCGUCUUCUUUGUGAAGAUUGGGCAGACGGCGGCUCAACGGCCGGACAUCGUCGGGGACGAGGUGGCAGAGGAGCUGAAGGGUCUGCAGGAACAAAGUACUCCCUUCAGCGAUGAGUUGGCGCUGCAAAUCCUAGCGGAGGAUUUGGGACACACCGGCCCACUGGCUCCGGGUGUCGUGGCCAAGAAUUGCCAUUCAGAUGGUCCGCCCCUGCUGAAGGAGUUGAAUCCCAAGUUUGUGGCCUCCGCCUCUCUGGGUCAAGUCUACCGCGGGCGCAUGCAUGAUGGACGGGAAGUGGCGCUGAAAGUGCAGCGACCUGGGGUGCGGGACGUCUUGGGGCUGGACUGGGCAGUAGCCACUGUGGUCUCGAGAGGCUACCAGAAGAUCUUGGGAUCUCCAAACGACUAUGGCCAGGUGGUCGAUACUGUGGCUCGGGGUGUCCGGAUGGAGCUCGAUUACUACAACGAGGCCGCUAAUGCUGAAGAGUUCGCACAGCGCCAUGCCUUCCUGCCCUAUGUCACCUCGCCGGGGUGGAUCCCGGAGCUGAUGGGGCCCAGACAAACCUCUCGCGUGCUCGCCUUGAAUUGGUAUCCCAGCCGGGCUCCCAAGGAGCUCUCGGUGGAGGAGCGACGACUGCUAGUCGAGAUGGCCGUGGAGGCUUGCGUUGUACAGCUCCUGGUCACUGGAUUCGUCCAUGCAGACCCUCACGAGGGGAAUCUCAGGUUAGGCGACGACGGGCGCGUGGUCUUCCUGGAUUUCGGCCUCAUGGAUCGGGUGGACUUUGGACUGAUGGAGAGCUGCGCUGCCGGCGUGCGCCAGGUGCUGAACAAAGAUUGGCUUGAUCUCACGCACACCUUCCAGGCAGUUCGAUUCACUCCGAAACCCAUGAUGAAAAACAUGGACUACGGCAUCGCUGAUACACCCAGGUAUGAGGAGUGUGGUAACGAGGAGUUCGCUGAGGCCUUUGCGGUUCAGCUGCAGCGCGAGGCCGACGGCCAGAGUCGCUUCGGAGCCAUGGCAGUGGCGCUGAAGAAGCUCUCAGACCGCUACUUGAUGCUGACUCCGCCCUUCAUCGCUUUGCUUUGCCGCACCUUCAUUACAUUGGAAGGCCUGCUGGCCGACGAUCCUAAAAUGGCGGAGGCAUACAACGUGUACCAGACGUCCCUGCCCUUUGCCAUUUGCCGGUUUUUGUCUCCUCGCACUCGCAGAGGUGGCCGAGACUUGAGGAGCUCCUUCUUGAAGGAGGGCAGCUCUCAAGUCAACUGGGGCAGCUUGAGCGCCCUCCUCACUGCUGGUGAUGGCUCGGCCGAAACUGCCUCCGAGGCUCUCACGGGCGUGGACCUGGGCACGGCAGAGGCUGUGCGGCGGCGCCUGUUGCUGACGGCAGAGGGCGCAGCUUUGCGGCGGCUGUGCCAUGAGGUGGACGUAUUUGAGGCUUGCCGCGGGUUCCUCACCUCCAAGGAGGCCGCGCCUCUUCGAGAAGCCGUCAUCAGCUCCCUGGCAGAGUCUUGGGCAUCCAGGCACAAGCCAGGCAUUACCAGUAGCCUGGGCCCCCGCGCGGCUGCAGCCUCCAGGGGCUGGGGUGAGUGGAAAGCCCAAGAGCCCGUGCAUUUGCCUGCCUCAAUGAAGCGACAUGCUCGCAUGGCCUGGCGCAUCAUCACCAGGGGGCAAAUGCGGCGUUCCCUUUGGCCGCUGUGGCGGCUGCCCUUGCGGGUCGUGCUGCUCUUGGUGCAGGUCUGCCCCGCCACAGCGCUCCUCCUCCUCCGCGCUCGGAAGCGAGCGCGUGCUCGCCGGCGGAAGCUCCACUGA